AUGCCGCGUGUCUUGGUGUGUCCGAAUCGAGGUUACACACAGACGAGCACACGCCGCGUGAUACGGGAGGCAGAGGAGCAGCUCAAGCUAAGCUGGCCACCGAAGCGUGCGGCAGACGUCAUCCCCACACUACGACGGCCCACUCACACAGACGGAAAUGACCGUGGCAUUCCAUCAGCAUCCACGCUCACAUGCGCACUGCGCACCUUAUUAAAACGAGACGCGAAUCGACGACUUAUCGGGCAAUUAGUCGUGGUCGGCGUCAAACUGUACGAUCCGGAAUCUUGUUCACCUUACAUUGACUUUUAUCUUAUCUUGCGGAGUUAA